AUGAAAUAUUUAAUUCUAUCUAUCUAUCUAUCUAUCUAUCUAUCUAUCUAUCUAUCUAUCUAUCAAGUGGCGGCGAGAGGCGGGAACAGCCGGCACAAAUGUGCCGGGCCACGAAAUCCGAGGGGGCCUCAAGAAAAUAUCUUGGGGAGAUUGCAAGAGUUGCCAACGAUUUGUAAGACACGCUGGAACGAUUAUUUUUUUGUCCCAGCAUCUAAAAAUAAUCUGAGUGCGGACCUCAGAAACUCUCUUCUCGGUACUCUAUCUAUCUAUCUAUCUAUCUAUCUAUCUAUCUAUCUAUCUAUCUAUCUAUCUCAAACUGUUUCUAUCCAUCUAUUUCAGUCUGUUUCAAUCUAUCUCAGUCUGUUCUUAUCUAUCUAUCUAUCUAUCUAUCUAUCUAUCUAUCUAUCUAUCUAUCUAUCCACAAACACAUAUAACCACUUUCUUAACAUCAUAUCUAUCUAUCCAUCUAUCUAUCUAUCUAUCUAUCUAUCUAUCUAUCUGUCUAUGGGUUUUCUUAACAUCUAUCUAUCUAUCUAUCUAUCUAUCUAUCUAUCUAUAUCUAUCUAUCUAUCUAUCUAUGGGUGUGUGCGUCGCAGUUUCUUUACAUCUCUCUAUCUAUUUAUGUUCAUAUCUAUCUAUCUAUCUAUCUAUCUAUCUAUCUAUCUAUCUAUCUAUCUAUCUAUCUAUCGAUCUAUCUAUGUGCGUGUGUGUAAAGGGGUCUCCUUUGGACUUUUUCUUCUUGCUUCAUACGAACAGGGAUUAGCAGAGGAUAUCGGUGCCUUUACCAUUCCUUUCUUUCUUUCUUUCUUUCUUUCUUUCUUUCUUUCUUUCUUUCUUUCUUUGGUUUCUACCUUUCUUUCUUUGGCUCUCAUCAUUACAGUUUUCUCUUUCUUUCUUUCUUUCUUUCUUUCUUUCUUUCUUUCUUUCUUUCUUUCUUACCCACUACAUCUUUCUUUUUUUUUCUUUCUUUCUUUCUUUCUUUCUUUCUUUCUUUCUUUUUUUGGCUUGUUUCUCUUUUCUUUCUUUCUUUCCUUGUUUCUUUCUUUCUUUCUUUCUUUCUUUCUUUCUUUCUUUUUGUCUUUCUUUUCCCUCCCUUCGUCUUCUUUAUUUGUUUUCUCCUUUUGCGACCUUUCGUCUUCCCUUCUUAGCAUUCUAUAUGCUUUCGUUUCUUUCUUUCUUUCUUUCUUUCUUUCUUUCUUUCUUUCUUUUCCCUCCCUUCUUCUUCUUUAUUUGUUUUUUCCUUUAGCGACCUUUCGUCUUCCCUUCUUAGCAUUUUAUAUGCUUCCGUUUCUUUCUUUCUUUCUUUCUUUUUUUUUUUCUUUCUUUCUUUCUUUCUUUCUUUCUUUUCCCUCCUUCGUCUUCUUUAUUUGUUUUUUCCUUUUUUGCGACCUUUCGUCUUCCCUUCUUAGCAUUUAUAUGCUUCCUUUCUUUCUUUCUUUCUUUCUUUCUUUCUUUCUUUCUUUCUUUCUUUCUUUAUCCUCUUUAAAAUUCUUCAUUUUCUCUCUUUUCUUCUUUGGCGUAUCAUUUUUAUAUUUAUUUAAAUUUUUUGUUUAA